ACAGUCACUUCCGGUCGUACUCUCACUCUCCCUUUGUUUAUUUGACACAGCUCAAAAUGGAGAGGCGUGUGAGUGAGAAAAAAUGUAAUGUUGAUGAGGAGACCGUAUAGACAUAUAUGUGAGUGAGGAAACGGGGUCAACGGCGGAAAAAGAGGACACCUCCGAGUCACGUCGUCCUCUCGUCGCCCUGCUCCGGUGACUCCCAUGUCUCUCUCCGGGGUGGGUCUAACCCAAAAAAUCCGUCAUCCAACAAUGGGCCGUGGGAGAUCGGCACAACUCGGAGAAUCCUCUUGCAGCUGUUCAGAGAGCCGAGGAUAGGACCAAGACAUCGGACUGAGUCCAUGAGGGUGGCCUGUCCGCUUUUGUCCUGCGUCUCUCGCCCCGGUGAACGUGCGUUAAUGCGGUCGUAGCAGAGAAGACAGGCCUCCGAGGAGCACUUUAAAUGUCUAAAUACUGUCUUUGUCAGCCAUCGUGGUAGCGAAUCCAUUUCUUCACAGUUCCCCUGAGCGGAUGGAGUGAAUUGUGCAAAAGGGGAGAGAGACAGACUGCAGUUCGGUUGCGUGUGAUGAUAGGAGACACAAUGACGCUCUUGUCUCUUCUGGGUCGGAUCAUGCGUUACUUUCUCCUCAGGCCUGAGACAUUGUUUCUGUUGUGCAUAAGCCUGGCGCUGUGGAGUUAUUUCUUCCACACCGACGAGGUGAAAACCAUCGUCAAAUCGAGCCGGGAUGCCGUGAAGAUGGUGAAGGGGAAAGUGGCGGAGAUGAUGCAGAACGACCGGCUGGGAGGCCUCAGUGUCCUGGACGCAGAGUUCUCCAAAACCUGGGAGUUCAAGAAUAAUAACGUAGCCGUAUACUCCAUACAGGGGAGGCGAGACCACAUGGAGGACCGCUUUGAGGUGCUCACCGACAUCACCAACAAGAGCCACCCGUCCAUAUUCGCGAUAUUCGACGGUCACGGUGGAGAGGCUGCAGCUGACUAUGUGAAGGCCCACCUGCCAGAAACCCUGAAGCAGCAGCUGCAGGCCUUUGAGAGAGAGAAGAGAGAGAGCCCUCUCUCUUACGCCAGCAUCCUCGAGCAGCGCAUACUGAGUGUGGAUCGUGAGAUGCUGGACAAGCUCUCUGCAAAUCAUGAUGAAGCAGGAACGACGUGCCUAGUAGCGUUGCUGUCGGACAGAGAGCUCACUGUGGCGAACGUUGGAGACUCUCGUGGUGUGUUGUGUGACAAAGAUGGCAACGCUGUGGCACUAUCACAUGAUCACAAGCCCUAUCAGCUCAAAGAGCGCAAGAGGAUCAAGAGGGCAGGAGGUUUCAUCAGUUUUAAUGGAUCUUGGAGAGUCCAGGGAAUCCUGGCCAUGUCCCGCUCUCUAGGGGACUACCCAUUGAAGAACCUCAACGUAGUCAUCCCCGACCCUGAUAUUAUGACCUUUGACCUGGACAAACUGCAGCCAGAGUUCAUGAUCCUGGCGUCCGAUGGCCUGUGGGAUGCUUUCAGCAACGAGGAAGCCGUCCGAUUUGUCCGUGAACGUCUGGACGAGCCGCACUUCGGCGCCAAGAGCAUCGUCCUCCAGUCUUUCUACCGCGGCUGCCCCGACAACAUCACUGUCAUGGUGGUGAAGUUCAAAAGUGGAGCUGGCGGCAGCAGCAAGGCUGGAGAGUAGGUCAGGGGCAGGUUUAGAGCUCACAUUAUGAUCAGUGUUUUCUGUGAUUUCCCCUAUCUUCCAGUUGAACCAGCAAGUUGUGAUGUCACGGGAGGGCUGGAGGAAGUUAAUGGUGCAAUAAACAUUUUUGGUUGGUUGUUGAGUCUCAUUCCCAGGUGGAGUCACCAAUCCUAACUGUUGCUAUUUGAAAGCCUGGGACUGAGAGUCAACAGUCAACCCGAAUUGCUUGUUGCACCUGAAAAUAUAUGUACACUGAGAAUUUUUGUGCACGCACAUACACACGUACUUUCAAAAACACUUAAAAAAUAGGUUUUGUUUGGAGGUUUCUGGUUGAGAUAAGGGCAUUUAAACACAACGCAGAUCUCGUAGCCACCUGCCAACUUAAUGAUAUACUGAGAGAAUGGUGGAAACAUAUUGAAGGAUUCCACAAUAAACAUAAGACAAACACACACCAAACUGGAUGUUCUCUAACCAGCACACAUUAGACUGUGAUUGAUUUACUACUGUUUACUGUAAAUGCACGUGCAUGGUACAGCUCCACUGAGGCUUCUUUGGCGGAGGCUUGUACUAGUGCCUACUCGAAAAUUACCGUGCAACCACAGGAAACUCCUGAAAAACCUCCAGCCUGCUUGCUGCAUUUAAAUGUUGCUGCCAAGUAUCGUAUAUGCAUAUGCAUCAUUUCUGACGUGGAAUAAUCUGUCAGACACAAAAAGACUCCAGUGGAUCCAUCUAUUUAACUUGAAGCGAUGCUUCAUUUAAAAUCUAACAUUUGAGUAUCAUGCAGUCGCUCCCUGUGGGCUUUAGAGGGAGCUGUUAACCAUUUGUAUAUUCAUCCUCUGGCUGCAGACGGUUUCAAUUUGAGAAGAAAAAGUGGCAUUAAUAUGGAGUUUAAUGGCCAGCUGGCAAGACUCUGUCCAAUCACAGCUCAGAGACAAAAUGGUUUAAACAAAUGAAUUGUGAGAUGAAAUGUGAUUGUAGUAAGUAAUAAUUGGCUACAUUACGUUUUUAUUUUAUGGCAUUUAAAAUGGAUGUCACUGUUACCAGUUAACUGCACUGGCAAUUUAGAGCAAUGGGCUGACAGUCUGAUCUGAGAAGUGACUUUUUUUUUCUUCCAUUUUUAUUAUUGAAAUCCCUUGUUAUCCAAACUGAUUACAGACACUCUUGUCUUCAGCGGCUGAAACUGCAAACUUUUUCUUAAAUGUACAAGACAUGCACACACAUAGAAACAGUUAUGAAAAAAUGCACUUUUCAAAUGUUUAUUUGGAACUGUAAAUUCUUACAUAUCAGCCAACGUAAACACGAGGGUUUUAAUGUAUGUAGAAGCCGGUUUGGUUCCUGACGUUCACCUCUUGGUACAGCAACGUAACGUAAACCAUCCAGUUAAAGCUGGGUUGUUGGUUUUUUGUUUUGUUUUUUUUUUACCAUCUGUAUCAGGCAUGUGCUUUGUGUUUAUACACAUUCAUGAACAAAGUCCACGCAGUACGUACCCAUGGACACACUGGUGGCUGCGCCUCACCUGGGAAGCCCACGAAAGGGGAGGUUCCAACAGACUCGCAGUCCUCUGCUGCCAUGAGAAACUGCAAGAUGACACAACAUGAACUGUGCAGUGCGAAUGCUUGUAGCUAGUAACAUGACAUGCUCGUGAAGCAAUACAACUAUGUCACUGACAGCAACAACCUGUCAAGGAAAGUUACAGUAAACCAUACUUGAUUUACUACUGUUUUAUGAUCAGCUACUUUUUUUUUUUUACCACUCUGAUUCAUGAUCUUUGCAUCUGUUGACAGAAGCCUUUUAUUUUAUUUAAUAGUUGAUCUAAUGCCUUAUUUAUUGUUAAGUUUGUUGAUGUGUCUGGCGGAUUUGCCAGUGAAUCAGUUUUUUGUUGGGUUUUUUUUUUGUCCUUCUGUACAUGAGCAGAAGUUUACAAUAAAUUGGAAACCCAUCACUUUGA